AGCGGAAGUGACGAAUGAACGGGAGCAAAACAAGCACAUGUGAGCCUCACAUCGUGGAAAACCGAAGUCACUCGCAUAAAGUUCACUGUCGGCGUGACAUAAGGUCUUGAGGAAUGAAUGAAUCUGGACAUUACCCUCCGCCGGACUUCGGCAGUCCAACGCCGAGCUUCAUCCAGCAGCAGUCCCGUUCUAGCAGCUUCCACCCCGGCAUGUGGAGUUGGAACGAGACGCCCUCUGAGCUCAACUGCUGGGGCCACGGAGACCAGGCAGGGUGGCACCACGGUACACCAGGUCCAGCAAACAACCGACCUAAACGCCCAUAUGGUCAAAACUGUGGUGGUGAAUGGCAUCAUGGUGGGAGACAGAACCACGGACCCCCCAGCAACUCCGGAAAUAAGCAGAGAAAUAAAAAAGAACCAGAGUAUUCCCAUUUCUGUGACACCUGUGACCGCGGUUUCAAAAACCAGGACAAGUAUGAUGAACACAUGUCUCAACACGUCAAGUGUUCUGUGGCAGACUGCAGCUUUACAGCUCAUGAGAAGAUCGUCAGCAUCCACUGGAAAAAUAAUCAUGCACCAGGAACAAAAAGAAUCAAGCUGGACACACCAGAGGAGAUUGCAAAAUGGAGACAAGAGAGACGCAAAAACUUCCCAACACUUCAGAAUAUUGAGAAGAAGAAGAAAGUGAUGGAGGUGCGUCAUGAGACGGGAAGUGUUCUAGAAACAGCUGAGUUUGGGCGAAUGAGAGGCAGAGGUUGGGGCCGAGGACGUGGUCGGGGACGAGGACGAGGACGAGGUCGCGGCUGGGGUAAUAGAGGGUUCCAGGAACAAAACCAUCAAGGCCCUCUCCCGGCAGACAGCACUGCUACACAGAGACCUCCACCACUCUCCAAACCUUGCAAGGACCAGGAUCCCUUAGGGGCACUGGUUAGCAGUGACCAUGAUUCUGACAGAGAGGAUCCAGCUGCUGAGUCCAGGGUCGGUGGCCUGAUUGUGGCGCCCAAACAGAUGAGCUCUGCUCUAGGCUCCUUGGUGGCAAACUAUGGCUCCUCAAGUGAGAGUGAUGGAGAACCAGAGACCUGCCCUAUUCAAAAAGCCAAAGACCUUCUGCAGGAGAACCAGGUUCUACUGAGCACAAAACCAAUGAACCCCCAGGAAAGAGGGCCAAGUAUGAACAUGAACGCAUCUUCACACAAAAUGGAGAUGAGCACAGUCCCUCAGCUAGACUCUGCUCUAAACCAACAAAACGGCUGGAGAGGACGAGGGGGAAACAGAGGGAACAGAGGGAAAAGAGGGGGAAGAGGUGGAAGAUACCAAGACACGGCACAGAAACGCCGUCCCACUCUACUUGAGAUGUUACUUGCCCCAGAUAUCCGCCAUGAGAGGAAUGUCCUCCUGCAGUGCGUGCGAUACGUUGUCCGCAAUAACUUCUUUGGUCUGGAGAGCAUCGCAACUGCAGCAGUACAUGAUGGGAGGCAGAAAAAGCCAUCGGAGGAAGUGAGGGCUACAUCCCAGUUUGAUUCUCCAGUUAACGGAGGGAGAAGCUCAACACAAAGUGGCACAGACAUGGACAAUCAGGACAAUGCAGGAACAAAUAAAUCUGCUUUACUCGCCAGGCUUCAAUCUGAGCAAUCAAAAGACUCGACAUCAAGUGAUGAGCAGUUUGGUGGAGACGUUGCGCCAAAUAAGACUGAAGAAGCAGCAGUGAUCGACUGUCAUAGUCUGCGCUUGAACGCCACAGAUGAAAUCACACCUGUCUCUAAUGUAUAUGAUGAUGAAAUAUGGGAAAGUGCUGUUGUGCUGUGAAAUGUAAACAAACUAUCUAUCAUAAAUUUAUUUUCUGUCCUAAAUGUCAGACUGAUAUUUUGUGUCAUGUUAAUGUGCUUCGGUCCACAAAAAUGUAUUUCAUGACCUAACUGUGCUGUUGAAUAUUAUGUACUCAUCAAAGCCAGUCUCUUUUUGUUUUGUAAAAUAAAUCGUUGUAAUCA